UUCACACGCACAAAACAAAGGCCUCCGUCCCACUUGCAAUGUUUUUGUUUGGGGCGGAAUUAGUCACUGUAAAUUGACUCAACAACUAUGCCAACCGCAUAAUCCGCCGUAAACCAGAAGCGAAUUGCAAGUGCCCAGCUGCAGAUCGAAAACAGCAGCCCAGUGAGAAAUCACAAAGAGAUUCAUAGAACCCGUAUGCCCAUUCACGCCGUGAUGGCCAAGCGCCUGCACCACCAGCCUUCCUUCGAUGGGGAGCCACCCGGUCCGGAUGAGCUGGACAGUCCAGCCAUCGAGGCGGCGGCCCUCGACAUUCCCCCUCCCGAAUCUGAUAAGGCGCUCCAAAAAGGUGUCUGGGAGCGAGCCACAAGUGCGGAGUAUAAGCCGACCACGGAUGGGAGCACCGUGCUCCGCUUUGACAUCUUGGUGGCCCACAUAAUGCCGCCCGAUGGCGAGGAUGUGAAGAUCAAGCGGUUCGUGGUCUAUGAGCUCACUGUGAAGCAGGAUGGAGCCACGGAGGACACUCAGCCGGCAAAGAUUGAACGCCGAUACACUGACUUUCGGGAGCUCUAUGUGGGCCUUAAGCGGCAGCAUCCGGCGGAGAUGGCCAACAAGUACUUCCCAGCCAAGGUCCUGAUGGGCAACUUCAAGUCCGAGCUGAUUGGCGAACGGAGUGCGGCCUUCGAGGCAUUCCUCACGUAUGUGGCAAGCCAGGCGAUGCUCCGGGACUCGGAGUACUUCCUGCGCUUUCUCCAGCACGACGAACUGACCAGGGCGUGCCAGUUUCUGGAUGAGCGGCGUAACGAGAUGGCCAUACCCAUUCUGGAGAACUGUUUCCGCUUGCUGAACAAGAUAUACAUGAAUCGAUCGAGGCCGGUGCUUUUGAUACUCUGCCGUCUGGUGGCUGCCUGCACCUCAUCCCCAGUGCCUCAUCACGCGGCCGAGAGGUGGGCCCUGCUGGCACUGAGUCGCUUCGAGACAUUGUGCGAUAUUGAUCUGCUGCCGCUCUACAUUCCCCUGCUCCACACCUGCGCCCAUCUGUGGUGGCAGCGCGGCCAGGACCAAAAGCCAAUCACCGACCGACUGACUGACAUGUCCAAGCAGGGCAUCAACACGGCGAACACCGAGAGCCUCAUGCAGGCUAUUCACAAGAUCGAUCCUCGCACUGAAACAAUUUGAACCGCGAAUCUCCGCUACAAUUUUCAUCCAUUAGUUUAAUAUUUUGUUCUGUAGUCUUUAGCUGUCCGGCGGAAAGUGCAAUUAGAUAAUGUGUGCAAUUAGUUUUAAGGUGAAAGGAGUAUUUAUCAACCUUUGAGGUAGCGCCCAUAUGUACCCACGCUGUCCUCCAAAGUAGUCCGUUCUGGCGAACAGUGUGUCACAAAAGCCAAUUUUAGCCAACAAUUUUUAAAAAGUAUCUACGUCUCUUCGUCUAAAUGUUUAAUUCGUUAUUUUAAAACUGUGAUUUUCAAAUUAAAAUGUUCGAUUUUUAGAACUAAAUCAGAGAUUUUUAAAUAUUUUAACUAAAAUUGGUACUUAUAAAUAGCUUACAUUAAUAUUGCGACUAAAUGUAAUCCGAAACAAGAAGGUUAUGUUCGAAACGUACUGCUUUGGUAACUUAAAGGUUAGUUUAAGCGUAUUUAUGUUUCACGUUACGUAUUGUUUGAUAUCUUCAAUCGUCUGUGUAGUUUGUACCCAGUAGGAGUUGUGACUUAUAUCACAAACGCAUCAUCGAAUGUCCAUGUCGCAGUGUCUCAAAAAAUCCAAGCCUAGAAUUCCAUAUCAGCCUGAGGAAACAUCAGACAAGUCGAACGAACACAGCUCCCAGAGAUUUUUGUUUUUUUACUUCCAGCCCAAUGCCUUGUGAUUGCUUUUUCAAUAAAUAAAUAUUAUACUCAA